GGACGUUUCGGGCGGCUUUCUCAUGAAGCUUCGAAGCUUCGGGGCAAUGUGUCUCAGGUCGCAGGUGUGGCUGGGCCGCCGCGCUUCAGCGCCGCCAGCCAGGUAACCAGGCAGCUGGCAGCCGCUGACCCUGACAAUUAUGGCUGGGGGCCCAACUUGGCUGCGGAAAAUGUCGUGGAGGGCUUUACCCUCACGAGUGGCGAGGCCUUUUCGCAGUUCUUCUCCUCCAUGGCACUCAAGCCAUCCGUGCCGCUCAGCAAGUGGACCCCAGCUUUGUCCACAGGAGCCGCCUUCCUUGACUUUGGCACCAUGUGCUACACGCCGAUGACGAAAGGCUCGGUACCACCCAACUACAUGUUCAAGAAAGCGCCUGGGAGAUGGCUGAACAGAGCGCAGAUCGAGAUCGUUGCUGCUGACUACAGUGCGUCAGUGGAAUGCUCUUACUGACGCAACUCGCACAGGACGCUGUCGAAUUUCCUGAAAGCGUUUGGAGCUGACGAGGGCAGCUAUGCUGCUGAGCUGAAGGAGAUGGGCUCCGCCAUGGGUGAGAGCCGGUACGGGGACAAGAAGGACGCCCAGGCUCGCCUGGACAUUGCCACUGCCGCAUUGCGCGCCAAGGGGGGUGACCAUGCUCUGCUCGAUGCCGCAGGGGUCGUGGCUUUUUUUUCGGCAAUGACGAUCAUGGUGGACGCCACCGGUCACAACAACCCCUUCAUGCCCAAAAUCACCAGAGUCAUGGAGCGCGUGGUGGAUGUCAAGAAGAAGGUGGCGGGCUGGCUGCUGCCAGCCUGCGUGGGUCUGGUGCUUUGCUGUGCCGGUGGCCUGGCACUGCGCUAAGCGGAUUUUUGGAGAAGGGCAGCGGAACAUGAG